AUGGAGAAUGCGAAGAGAAAGAUGGAGGAGGAUGAGAAGAAGGCAGAACACAUAAAGGAAAAGUAUAAAACUUAUACAAAGGGCCAUGAGAAAAGGGCAGAGACCGUGUGGAGCCAAAUAGAGGCGAGUCUGAAGCAAAUUGAGAUUGGUGGAACAGAAGUAGAGUGCUUUAAAGCAUUGAAGAGGCAAGAAGAGAUGGCUGCCUCUUUCAGGAAGAAAUAG